AUGGGGAUAACACUGAGAACUCUCCAGCAAGUUGGAUCGCAGAGAUUUGGAUUUAUUUUGGCGCAUUUGCUGAAUUUGCAUGCAAAUACAAUUCUUGUCUUUGACAUCAUCUACAUUUGGAUUAACUACGAGAGGAUGGAUGAUAAUUUCUCAACGCUUCUCUUCUCGGCAAUUGCCUUCAUUGGAAUCAAUCAAAUAACACUGAAGAAUUACUCAGCUGUGCCGUUCUAUGCUACUUUUGUGUCUCUUGUGGAGUGGAUUGAGGAGCUCUAUGCGAGAAGAGUGGAGAAUGAAGUAAUCCAGAAGAUUUUACGUGAGGAAUUAGCGAAAGCCUUUAAAUUUUCCAAACUUUUCUUCGAAGGCUACAACGUAGUCUUCGUUAUAGCUUGGAGUCUCUAUGUGUUUGAUCUUGUCCGUCGACCGGGAAAUAAUUUUCACAUCUACAUUCCGGGUCUAUCCAUGGAGGAGUACAAAUUGGUCUACUACAUCUUGCAGUGCUCCCUCUACAUCGUCUGUGGGCAUUGGAAUGUAAUCAUAGACACGGCAAUUGUUAUAAUUGGAAUUCAUAUAAUGGGCUUCAUAAAUACCGUCAAUAGGAUGAUUCAAGGAUUGAACGAUGCGGAAGUGAAGACAAAGUGUCCGAAUCUUUUGGUUAAAAUUCUCAUUCAUCACGUUGAGAUGAUUGAGCAACUUAAUGCCUUCAAUAAGGGCCUACAUUUGAUGUCCUUUAUUCAAUUUAUUAUGAGCACCAUGAUUUAUUUAGCCAUGUUCUACACCGUUCGUAGUAGCAAUGCAGAAUUAAUUGUCUACUCAUUUCUUGUAUGUGUCCUAAUUCAGCUCUUUAUGCUCUGCAUGUUUGGUGAGAUAAUUUCAUCAAGGACAGACAAAACGACCACACUACUCUGGCUAACAAAUUGGUACGAGAUGAGCCUGCCUGACCAGAAGAUUUUCCUCAUCAUUCUGGCAAUUACACAGAAAUCCUUUGGUUUGAAAGCCGCAGGAAUGUACGAAGUCAAUAUUAUGGCCUUUAUACAGAUCAUUAAAGUUGCUGCCAGCUACAGUACACUGAUUUAUGCUCUAACAUGA